AUGAUCGGUCAAAUUCGAGUUCCUUUUGCUGAUGGCAUGACUGAGGGCCAAGGAUUCAACUCCUACCUGCAGCAAACUUGCGUGUACGAUGCCGUCACCGUAGACCCGACAGAUGGUCCAAACACACCUGUGGACAUAAGCUAUCAAUCUACUGAAAUCAACGACUACAACGAACUUCUGCAGACACUCGAUAUCAGUGCUGGUGCGGGAGUUUCAGGUUGGGGAACAGAAACUAAGAUUGACUCCAAGUUUCUGAACCGGACAGAGAUCAAGAAAAGUUUGCUCACCUAUGUAGUCAAGGUGGAUGCCCAGCGACAGCCGAGCGGAAGAUCCAAGUACACAUUUAACUGGAAAGAGUCCUCCGACCCUCAAGGCAAAUACGGCGACCGCUUCAUUUCCGAUUUUGUCAAGGGCGGGGCGCUCUUUGCCCGCGUUUCUAUCAUUACCAAUGAAAAUUCAACUUCUCAAGAGCUCAAGGUCGCAGCCAAGACCGCAUUCAAGGUCUACGGUGCCAACGUUGAGAUCACUUCCGAAAUCAACAAGGCCAUCCAGAAGAUUCAGAAAACCUCCGAAGUCAAGAUCUAUCUACAUUACGUUGGAACUCCGACCGAGAUGCAGCUAAGCGACGGGGCGGACAACGACAUGGUGCGCCUCAAACAGGUUGCGGACGCUUUUUACAAGAGCGCCCCAAAGCAGGGCUAUAGAAGAUUUGCGUUAUUGGAAAAGUAUACCAACAUUCCCAACUUCGAUAACGAAUUCCAGCCUCUUGAUUACACCGAAGCCGAAGAUCGCAGUUGGGCCAUAUUCAACGCCUUUACCAAGUGUCUGGUUAUUCAGAAUAUGAUUCGAGCAAUCGACUCGAGCCAUUAUACAAGUGGCAGAACCGGCCGUGAUAGGCUCGACACUAAAGUCAGUAAGCAACUGCAGGCCUACAGAAGCUGGGUAAAUGAAGUCAGCAAGAACCCCCAGAAGGCCGAAUCGCCGCCUGAGAACGACCCAGAAACUCUUCAGACCGAAGUAUUGCUUGCUGUCAAGAAAAAGACAUACAUCGCUCAAAGCAUUGUCAUGGCCAACAAUAUGAAAACCCACUUUAUUGAUGACUAUCAACACCCCAGGGCCAAACAGCUUUUCAGCUUCGAAGCCUACGAUUUUGACCAGGUUAUGGCAACCACGAAGGUCAUCUUUGGUAGAAGCUUUAGCGGUGAUAGGUAUAUUUGCCUGAUGGGACGAAAGUACAUCACCCCUGGGUACGAGCAAGUAAGCCAGCUGUGGGGUUUUGAAGAGAAUAUGAAGGAUAUUGUGGACGGGAAAGUAAUUGUUGACCCUAUUGUGGAGAUGGGAGUUAUAAAGCUGGGCCUUCAGGAUGCAACGCCGCGCCAUGAUGACGACUUCAGCUUUUAUGUCAAGAAGUCUUAG